CAUACAGACCGCAGAUUCAUCAUGCUGAUCUCCAGAUUCCCCAUCUAUUUUCUCUAAAAGCUUCCCUAGACCGGCUAGGGGUGUGUAGGGCUAGGUGGCAGGUGCCCAUCUCUCCUACUCCUCUUACUCACCUAAUCUAUUCUCCCACUGCUUGUUCAGGUGGGGCAAUGUUUCUGAGCAAGUGUGAGGGUGAGCCAGCUGAGGGAAGGGCCCCGGGGUCCGGGGAAGCAGAAGAUGCCCCCAAGAAGAAGCACAGGCGGAACCGAACAACCUUUACAACCUUCCAGCUGCAUCAGCUGGAGAGGGCCUUUGAGCGCUCCCACUACCCUGAUGUCUACAGCCGAGAGGAGUUGGCCACACAGGUCAACCUUCCUGAAGUUCGGGUGCAGGUCUGGUUCCAGAAUCGUCGGGCCAAAUGGCGACGUCAGGAGAAGCUGGAGGCCAGCUCCGCAGCAGCAGUAGCAGCAGCAACCACCAAGCUUCCAGAGGCCCCCAUGUUGGCCUUUGCUCGACCUCCUCCAACUGCCUCACUCCCCCUGGACCCUUGGCUGACCUCGGGCCCUCCAGCUAUGCAUGCCCUCCCAGGUUUCCUGGGGCCAAGGCCUGGUCUACAGCCCCCCUAUGGGGCUCAUGCCUUCCUCCAUGCAUCCUCGGGACCCCCUCCUUUUGGGGAGGCCUUUGGCCCCCUGGCAGAAGCUGGGGAUGCCCACGCUCGAAGCUCCAGCAUUGUGUCUCUUUGUUUUCGGGCCAAGGAGCAUGUCCAGACCCUUGAUAGGACCUGGCAGCCUCUCUAAAGACAGUCUCUGCUGUCCUUCCUUGCCUUAUAUUUCACCAGGACAGAUGGGCUCUUUCAGGAUCCUCUCUGCUGUGCUUUCCCCUCCUGCCCCAACCUACUUUGGAGACCAUCAGGGAUGUCCAACAGGGGCCAGGCCCUGUGAACAACUGUUGAGAAGAGCUUUGGUCAUGUCAAAGACGGAUCAACUGAGAACCAAAAAGCUCAUGUAAUUUGGUAAAAAUGACACAGCUAAAAAGUAGUAAGGCCAGAAUCUAAGAAGGAUUUAGACCAUGGGGUGUGCUGGUAGAUGUUUAAUAACCAGGUUCUCUAAGGAAAAGGAAAAAAAAUAUGCACUGAAUCCUUUUAAAUUUGACUUGAUCAUUUACAUUUUUUCCAUUACUUUCCUAUGGCUAGAUAGUCAACAAAAUAAUAAAUCAAGCCCUUAUUUUUAGGGUUUGCCCAUUAACAAAGUACAUAUACACACACUGAAAAUCUAGCAAUUGGCCAGAGAUGAUUGAGAGUCACUUCAGCAGAUUCUCCCUGGUUCAUGGGGGAUGCAUGGAGUGCUGGAGUCCUGAAAAUAACCACCAUUCAUUGGUUCCUCUCCAUCUCUUCUAUCCGAAUGGGUGGAGAAUGGGGGCAC